AUGAUUUCUAAUAAAGUUCAGCAUGUGAUUCACCGUAAUGCGAGAGGGAUUAUCAAUGGUGAUCAUGUUGUAGAAACUGGGGAUGAGCCCGCAGCAUGCAGCAGUCGACGUACUCUGGUUCUCGCCAAUCAUCAGAGCACAGCAGACGUCCCAAUGCUGAUGGCAGCAUGGAAUCCAAGACCUGGAGUACUAUCGAACCUGAUGUGGAUCAUGGAUAGAGUCUUUAAGUUCACAAACUUCGGCAUCGUCAGCGUUUUGCACAAGGACUUCUUUAUACAAGCGGUGAGUAAACAUUUAAAGUUUUUUAUAUGGGACUUCUAU